AUGGCUGCUAGUGGUGCUUCAAUCCCGCUCACUCGUGUUCCUCGACGCCCUGGGUCAAGUCCUCAAGGGUUUAACAGUGCGGUCUCGCUAUCUAAUGCGAAUGAAUUUGCCUAUCUCGUGCCCGUAAGCAUCGGCGGACAGAACUUCAUGGUUCUUCUCGAUACAGGGUCGUCGGAUCUGUGGGUCGUCUCAUCGAACUGUGUCGGUCAAGACUGUCAGGGCAUCACGAAGUACAAUGCGACGGCGUCGAGUUCUCUGUCACUGACAAACGCCUCCUUCCACCUGCAAUAUCUUCUGGGGUCUGUCUCUGGCGCUAUAGGUACCGAUACCGUUGCUCUGGGGUCGUACGAAAUUUCCUCGCAAGUUCUCGCUUUGGCGAAUGCGACCGAUGGACUUGACCUUUCAGGCACAGGCUACAGCGGCAUUCUGGGACUUUCCUUCCCAGCGGAUGCUUCCAUUCCGAGUACCGAUGGCCGGACGCUCGCCGAAAAUGUUUUUGCGUCUUUGAAUGAAAGCAACCGUUUCUUCGCAUUCCAAUUGGGGCGAAACCAAACCGGCUCCUCAUUCACCAUCGGGCAACUGGAUCCUGCCUUCGCCAAUUCUAGUUCUGACAUGAAUUAUCUGCCUGUCUCUUCUGCUGGCGGCUCCAGUUACAACUAUUGGAAGGUUCCUCUUCAAUCCCUGACAAUCAAUUCCACGACAUUCAAUCUGUCCAAAUCCGAUGUGCAGGGUUCUGCGACGCCCAUAGCUAUCUUGGACUCUGGUACCACUCUGAUUCUAGGCCCCUCCUCCGAUGUACAGAGAUUUUGGGAAUCGGUCGGCGACGCAAGAAAUACCGACGCAGGCUGGCAGGUCCGCUGCAAUAGGGCUGUUGUCGUUGGCUUCAUACUCGGCGACGCCGGAAAUCAGAAGGAAUAUGUGAUUGAUCCUUCGGACAUCAGCUGGGAACAGGGCAGCGGAAAACAAGACGGCUGGUGCAUGGGCGGUAUACAAGCUAACGAUGGGGUCUUCUCCGGUGAUUGGCUUCUCGGAGACACCUUCCUCCGGAACGUGUAUGUUACUCACCACGCGGCUAUCGCUAGCCGACCGCCAAUGGUCGGUCUGCGGGGACUCACCGAUCCUGUGUCGUCUCUCGCUCAUUUUCGCCAGGACCGAGGCAACGACUCUACGUCUCCUGGUCAAAUUUAUGCACAGCCUUAUCAGUCUCAUGAUCUUACAGGAGCCGAUAUUUGCGGCAUUGCCACAGCAUGUGGCUUUGUGUUUGGUCUCUUCUUGACCUUCAUUGUACAUUCUUGCUUGCAACGGUACGACAGAAAACGGGUAGCAUAUUAG